UUCAAAUUACCAUCCAAUAAUUGAUGAAAGUAAUUGAAUUAGAUAUUACACAACGAAGCCUUUCCAAAUUACAAUCUCAAUUAGAAUCAAAUCAACAUUAAAAGUCAACCUUCAAAUUAUAGCCACGUUCCAACAGUAGGACCCUAAUUGCAGCGGUGAAAACGAUUUAGGAAGCUACAGAAUUCUACACUAAUAAUAAUAUCCUUCAAUCUUUUUCACUUUCCUUUUUCUUCUUCUCACAAUAAAUAUGUGUAAGAGAGAAAUAUUGUACGUUGUUGGUGGAGGAGAGAGAGAGAGAGAGGGUGAGCCCUUUAGUGAGAGCAGUAGUAGUAGUGGUUCGUAUCGUAGGUCCGCCUUUAUUGAAUCUUGACCCUCUUUCGCUUUUCAUUUUCUUCUUUCUUUUCUAGUCUUUCUCCUCUCUCCCACUCUUGUAUAUUAUGUGUAUAAAUAUUUAGCUAAUAAUUUUUUGUCUUUUUUUGGCUCUAAAAUCUACCAUAUUAGGAGUACAGAGAAAAAAACGAGCCCAAUUAGAACACAACAUAAUAGAUUAUUAGCUGGUUAAAAAAAAAGCAGGAAUUUUUGGAAGUAGAAGCAACUUUUCUGAUAAUUUUGGAUUUUGUUGGAGAAAAAAAAAAACACUUGAAGAAAUGGCAAAUGUUCCUCAGGAAGCGAUCAAGCUUUUACAAGCUCUCAUGGAUCAAGUUGAGGAGCCUCUGAAGAUAACAUUUCAGAAUGUUCAUCAAGGACAUCUGGCUGAAACUUUGAAGCGUUUUCUAAAAGCAAGAGAUUGGAAUGUUUCCAAAGCCCACAAAAUGUUGAUGGACAGUUUAAAUUGGAGGGUACAAAAUGAGAUUGACAACAUAUUAGCGAAACCCAUAGUUCCUGCUGAAUUGUAUAGAGGAGUACGUGAUUCACAGCUGAUAGGACUUUCAGGUUACUCGAGAGAGGGUUUGCCAGUCUUUGCUAUUGGUGUGGGCCUCAGUACAUUUGAUAGAGCGUCUGUCCACUACUAUGUGCAGUCACACAUUCAAAUUAAUGAAUACAGAGACCGUGUAAUCUUGCCUGGUGCUUCGAAAAAGUACGGAAAGCCUAUCACCACCUGUGUGAAGGUUUUAGAUAUGACCGGACUGAAGCUUUCAGCACUAAGUCAAAUUAAGUUAUUGACAAUCAUAUCAACCAUUGAUGACUUGAAUUAUCCAGAGAAGACAAACACCUACUACAUUGUAAAUGUUCCAUAUAUAUUUUCAGCCUGUUGGAAGGUUGUCAAGCCUCUUUUGCAGGAAAGGACAAGGAAAAAAGUACAGGUGUUAUCAGGCAGUGGGAGAGAUGAGCUGUUAAAGAUUAUGGAUUAUGCAUCUCUACCACAUUUCUGUAGAAAAGAAGGUUCGGGAUCAUCUCGACAUUCAGACGAUAUGGCUGAAAAUUGUUUUUCCUUUGAUCAUCCCUUUCACCAACAACUCUACAACUACAUUAAGCAGCAAUCUGUGAAUAACGAACCUACUGAACCAAUUAAACAGGGUUCUUUUCAUGUGGAUCUGCCUGAGCCAGCUCCAGAAGGAACAGAGAUUGUAAAAACAUUAGAAUCCGAGUUUAACAAGAUCGGAAAGAAAAAUUGUGCAAAUGGUCUAUCUGAUUCUCUCAAUGGACUAAGAAUAAAUGGUGCUUGAAAUGAUGGAGCUGAAUGCGUGUGUAGCCUACCAUGGAGGUGUUUCUUCUACCCUAUUACUAUCUCAACCUGAGAGGACUGUGAAAGAAGUUUGGUCUUCGUAGCCCGGUUAGUUGCAGCUAUACAAUAUAAAUCGUGUGUAAUAGUAAUGUCUCACAUUAUCUACGAGAGUUUAAGCAGGGAAAAGAAAUUAUUAGUGUAAUCUACGUAACUUGACAUGUUAGCUGGAUAAAUAGUUCAUAGUUAUGCUUAACAUGAUCAAGUGGAGCGGCAGCUGCAGAGAACACCAUCUUUUGCUUCCACAGUUUUUAGUUAAAUAGUAAUUGCACAUAUUAUAUA